AUGGAAAUUAAGGCUUCCCCGAGAAUCAAGUUAUUCUUUUGGCAACUUUGCACUUCCUCAUUGCCUACUGUGGAUCCGCUAAGAGUAAAAAGGGUUCAGGGCUGCUCUACCUUGUUGGAAUGGUUGGAGUCAAACUUUAAUGUUCUCACUGAUAAUCAAAUCUGCUUCCUCAUAUCUAUUUGCUGGAAGAUCUGGGAGGCAAGAAAUGAUAAAGUCUGGAAUCAUGUGAUAACUUCUCGGCAGGUAAUUAUCAAUGGGGCUCAAUCUUACAUUAAUGAAUGGCAUCAGGCCAACUUUGGUGAUGAACAUUCUGUUAAUAGUCCUGGUUUAGCUAUACAUUGGUCCAAGCCUCCUACGGGAUGGUUGAAAAUGAACAUUGAUGCAGCAUUGGGUCCUAACAAUUCAAAGAUGGGGUUUGGUUUUGUUCUAAGGGAUUCAAUUGCUGAGUUUAAAGCAGCAGUCCAACUCCCCUAUCACAGUUUAUGCAGACCAGACGAAGCAGAGGCAAUGGCAGUGCGUGAAGCCUUGAAGUGGUUAAAAGCUCAGAACAUGGACUUUGUCCAACUGGAGAGUGAUUGCAUAAAAGUUGUUAAUAGCAUGCAGGGUAGUUCUACUACCACUUACUUUGAUCUUAUUAUGCAAGACAUUAGAGACAUAGCUAGAGAGUUCUGUAACCUCAGCUUUUUGUUUGUUAAACGAUCAGCGAAUAGGGUAACCCAUUUGUUAGCUAGGGAGACCUUAUCUAAGUCUGAUCGUGUGGAUUGUUUUUCGGUCUCUUUUCCUUUUGUUGUUCAUGCUUUGGAGCUUGACUCCCGUUAA